AUGAGCCGAUUUCUAUUCCAGUUCGCGCAGAGUCAUGAAAAGUUUCGCAUCCCCGAACUCGAGUCCAUCGCCUCACUGUAUGGCUUCGAGCUUGACUUUGAAGGGAAUCGGGACUACACGCGACCGUUCAUGGUCAUUCGUCUGGCGCAUCAGGAGCACGCGCGAUUGCUAGCUAGGAGAUGUAUCUUGAUCAAGUCCGUGCAUGAGUUCUACGCGCAAGGCUCGACGUACGAUGAGCUGCACGCCAAUAACCGCAACGCGCGACCAUUGUGGGAGAAAUACGUCCCGGAUACCUCCUUCAAGUUCGAGAUCUCUGGAUUCAACCACACGAUACCAAAAGCGCGGCAAAGAGACGUGGUCGAGAGCUUCGGCUACAUGGACAUGCUCGGCAAGAUAGACUUGAAGAACCCUGAGAUCGUCAUGUCCGUAUAUGAAGAAUUGUCUUCUCUAGAUAAGAGGCGUGAUGAUACCCCACGAGAUCGGCUUGAAGGGGAUGGUAACUUCAUACAGGUCUACUUCGGAAGGUUGGUGCAGGAAGGAUCAGCUCGAUUGUUAAUACACAAAUUCGACGUCAAGAAAAGGGCGUUCUUUGGGAAUACCAGCAUGGAGGCCGAGAUCUCCCUUCUCAUGGCUAAUCAGACGCUGGCCUCGUCAGGAAAGCUGAUGUACGACCCGUUCAUGGGCACUGGGAGUAUGGCCUACCCUGUAGCGCACUUCGGCGCAAUGAUGUUCGGCUCGGAUAUUGACGGUCGUCAGAUGCGAGGAAAAGCUUCGUCCACAGGGAAGACCCCUGGCGUCUAUCGAGCAGCGGAGCAGUACGGCGUAGCUCAGCGCAUAAUGGACUUGUGCACCUUCGACAUGACUUGGAAUCCGUGGAGGCGAGGUAGCCUCUUCGACGCCAUCGUGACUGACCCGCCUUAUGGCGUUCGCGCUGGCGCGAAACGUCUCGGUCGGAAGAAGGAGAUGACGGAAGAGCGGAAGGCCCUCCAUCUCGAGCGGCAAGCCGCUCUGCAAGAGGCCGGCAACCGCUCGUAUAUCCCGCCAACCAAACCCUACGAGCUGUCUGAGCUAGCUCGUGAUCUCGUCCUUUACGCACGAUACUUGCUAAAACCGGAGGGUCGUCUGGUGUUCUUCCUGCCGACGGUGAACGAGCACUAUCAGGAGGUGGACGUGCAGUCGAUGCUAUGUCCGGGCAUGGAGCUCGUGGCGAAUUCGCUACAGGACUUCGGCGCGUGGGGCAGGCGGCUCAUCACAGUGCGGAAGACCAAACACGACGAGUUCCCGCCGCCAGACUUCCUUGCAAGAGCGCCGCCGUCGGACUUGGGAGCGCCUGCGCAUAAGGACUUUCGCGAGAAGUACUUUGAAGGAUUUAAGAAAGGUGACGAGAAGUCGGCGUCGUCGAAGACAUAA